AUGCAUUUACAUCAAGCUCUUCUAGCAGUGAGUGUGCUAGCUGUGGCGGUUUCGCAAUCAGCCCCCUCAUCUCCCAAUCACUCACCACCUUCAAAUGCACCUACAGGCUUCACCUUAGGUCCGGCUACACGCCAGUCGAAUCUCUUCAAAGUCUGCGCCAUCUCCGAUACACCAGCAGAUGUCGGACCCUCCAUCUUGAAGGCAGCAAAGGACUGCAACAAUGGAGGAACGGUGUACUUCCCAGCCGGAAAAACAUACACGAUCGCCACAAGCCUCGAUCUGACGUUCUUGAAGAACAUCAGUUUUGCCAUUCUCGGUCGAAUUGUUUUUAGCGACGACAUAGGCAUCUGGCCUGGUCAGACAUUUGACUACCCCUUCCAAGGCGCAAGCAUGUUCUGGCGCUUUGGGGGUUCCAAUGUCAGCAUCUUCGGCCUAGGGAAAGGUGUUAUCGACGGUCUUGGUCAGAAAUAUUGGACAGCCAUGAAGACAGAUCCUAACGUCAAACGACCGAUCCUUUUCGGUACAGAUGGCCUACACAGAGCCGUCAUUUCUGGGUUGACUAUGAAAAACCCCCCUGGAUGGUUUAACCUAUACACAAAUUCAACAGACCUCCUUAUAACAGACAUGAAGUUAAUCGUUGAGUCGGCCGACUCGAACUUUCCUGCCAAGAAUACAGACGGCUUCGACACCUACCGAAGCUCUCGCAUUGUCCUGCAGAACUCUGUGGUGCGCAACACCGAUGAUUGCGUCUCAUUCAAGCCAAACACCACUGAGAUGACUGUGCAGAAUCUCGAUUGCACCGGAUCGCACGGCAUCUCAGUAGGCAGCUUUGGCCAGUACCAAAACGAGAUUGACAUUGUAGAGAAUCUUUUGAUACACAACGUUACUCUGCGCAAUGGAUCAGAUGCUGCACGCAUCAAAGUGUGGCCCGGGGUCCCAGCGGGUACAGUCAACUCUGAGUCAGGAGGCGGCGGCGGCAUGGUACGAAACGUCAAGUAUCACAGAGUCAGGUCUUACAACAACGAGAACUCUCUUGCUCUCACUCAAUGCUACGGUGUCAAGGACCAGGCAUUCUGUAAUGCGAACCCUAAUAUCGAGUUUGUCGACUUUGCAGGAGUAACUGGAAAGAAGUACGACCCGCGAGCUGGCUAUCUAACAUGCAGCAGCCCAGCAGUGUGCAAGAAUAUUCGCGCCCGAAACAUCAACUUCAGCGUGCCGAGUAACAAGACAGUGACGUACCAGUGUGUCAAUGUCGAUAGGUCUUUGUUGGAGUUGAACUGUAUUAAUUAGGCAUUAGAGGGAAAACUGUGGGCGCAGCUGGAGGAAGCGCAC